UCUUCAAUGGCUGUUGCUUGCUGCAGGUAUCCUAUGCCUUUUUUCAUCUUCUUCCUUCAUUCGAAAAUCCUCUAAUCUUAAUUAGCAGUAAAACGAAACUCGUAAAUCUCUCGCUCUCUCUCUCUCUCUCCAAACCUACUCCCACCUCCUCGUUCACCUGAAUCUCGACUUUUCUCUCUAGCCUCUGGAUCUCGCCUUGCCUACUCUUCCUCACCUGUUUCUCCAUUUCUGAUAUUUAUCUCAUCUUCUUUUUGCUUUUCCAAUUACUGAGGGUUUCCUUCGAUUCGUUAUUUUCUUUUUUUUUUUAACUAUCUACUGGCCGGGCUGAGUAUUUGAGGAAGCUUUUUUUUGGAUUUGUUUAAUUAAAUGGGUAUUUGCUACUCAUCAGAUCAGAAGAGGGAAUCGAAUUGGGAGAGGGAGGGGGGGAAAAUUAGGGCUGAUUCCAAAGUUAAAAAAACUGCCUCCGGCGAUUUCACUGCUUUCAUCAGUAAGUUAGGCGGCGGCGGCGGCGGCGCCGCCGUAGUGGCUGAGGAGCGGGCGCUGCAUCAGAUUCCGGGGCGGCUAUUUGGAAAUGGUUCGAGCACCGUCGCUAGCUUGUACACCCAGCAAGGCAAGAAAGGAACCAAUCAAGACGCCAUGAUUGUUUGGGAGAACUUCUGCGAUCGCGGCGGCGCCACGGCGGCGACGUUCUGUGGAGUGUUCGACGGCCACGGUCCGUACGGCCACAUGGUGGCUAGAAAAGUACGGGACGCCCUGCCGAUCUUGCUACGUUCCCGAUGGCAAAUCAAGCCUGAAAAUGAUCUAAACAAUGCACAAAACAUCAACGGAAAUUUCGAAAACAUGAGACGAUUCAACGAUUUCAUGGACGAAGACGGCUGCGAAUCGUUGGAAGCCGAAGACACCGAAAUUAUCCCCGAAAAGCAUUCGCAGCUCAAGAAGUCGAUACUCAAAGCCUUCAAAUUGAUGGAUAAGGAGCUGAAGAUGCAUCCGACGAUCGAUUGCUUCUGCAGCGGCACCACUGCCGUUGCCUUGAUCAAGGAGGGUGAGGAUCUUAUAAUCGCAAACGUUGGCGAUUCGCGGGCAGUAUUGGCGACGAGAGACGGGAGCAAUGCUUUGUCGGCUGUGCAGCUGACGGUCGACUUGAAACCUAAUCUUCCAAGGGAAGCUGCUCGGAUCCAGAAAUGCAAAGGACGCGUAUUUGCGCUGCAAGAUGAACCGGAGGUCGCUCGUGUAUGGCUGCCGAACAGCGAUUCCCCAGGCUUGGCCAUGGCUCGGGCAUUCGGGGACUUCUGUCUGAAAGACUUCGGUUUGAUAUCGAUGCCGGAUAUUUAUCACCACCGCAUCACCGAGAGAGACGAGUUCGUUGUUCUUGCCACUGACGGGGUAUGGGAUGUUCUAUCCAACAAGGAGGCAGUGGACAUCGUCGCCUCGGCUCCGAGCCGCGGAACUGCCGCGAGAGCGGUCGUCGACUGUGCCACCCGAGCGUGGAGGCUCAAGUACCCGACUUCGAAGAACGACGACUGCGCUGUCGUAUGUUUAUUCCUUGACCGAGCGCCGGCAGCGUUCAAUGGCGCGACUGCAGCUCCUGAAGCCGAGAAAAUAAUCGUUUCGAAGGAAGGAGGAGACUUUGCGAUCCAAGAAACGAUCGACGGUACUGUUUUUAGUACAGCUAAUGAGCCCGGCGAGAUUGUUCCCGUUGUCGAGGAAGUGGUACAGAAGGGUAGCGAUGCAGAUCUCGGUCAAUCGAAGAGGAGCCUAGCGGAGUGCCUUUCGACGGCAGAGGAUGAGGAGUGGUCGGCGCUCGAAGGCGUUACUCGGGUGAACAGUCUCCUCAGCCUCCCGAGGUUCUUGUCGUCGGACAAGAGAUCGACGAGCUGGCGAAAAUGGCUAUGAGAUUUGCCGAAGGGGUUAGGGUUGAAUCUCGACGGAAUGAGUCGAAUUGAGCUGAGUUUUAUUUUUCUUAUAUAUAAUGUGGAAAUAUUCGGUCGCUAUUCUCGAGUGCAAAUUUUUAGCCGAACCUAAUAGUAUGCAAAUUAAAUCUGAUAAGAUAAGUCACACUAAGCAAACUAUGUGCGGCUGACAAAAUUCAGAGGCGAGAGUUUGAAUUCAUAGUCUAACGGUCGCAAGUCGAAUUAAGCCGAGUUGGUUUUUUUUUUUUGUUUAAUAGUUGAACAGGAGAAGUAAGGAGAAAUUUUGUGUGUUAGUGUAAUGUUUUUGGAACGUAUGAUAAUAUUUUUAUUUUUUAUUUU